AUGAUACAUGAGUCGGGGUCUGAAAGGAAUGACUUUGAAGCUACUUCUAAGCUCACUGAAUCAAAAACCCCGACGGGGUUUGCUGAGACGUGGAGGACAUCCGGCGCUGCAACGGACAGCAGUGGAUAUAGUUUGAACGGCUCGGAUCCGCCAACACCCACGGACAACAACCUCACGAUGUCAUCAGAAACGCCCCAUGUCAAGACAUACCGGCCUUAUGAUAUCGAGGAGCCGGAUGAGGACCUAAAUGUUGCAGCUCAAAGAGUAGAGUUGUUAUCUCUCCCAGAUGACCUCGAGAGAUGGCAGCGCGAUCUGAUGCAUAGUAUGGAUGAUUCUGGUAAUGAAAGAACCGAAGAUCUUAACCCAAACCCUUUGUUCGAUCUUCAACAAAGAGGGCAUAAACGAAGAAACCCUAGUUUCCUGGCGGCUGAGCACGAAUCCCGAUACCAGAAUCAUCGUCCCAUGCCACAGGUCAAAUCUGGCGACAGGCCAGCAUCUGCUCCUGGGUCAAGCCCGAAACAACGGCAGAAACGUAACAAGGUCAUCGAUGAGUCGACCCAAGUAACUCCGAUGUUAUCUUUAUACGACUUUCGGGAUACUCAAGUCAGCUCGAGCUCAAGCUCCGACUUACCGUCGCCGGAUGACAGCGCAGAUUGUAUGCAAGAAGAGUUUGCUAUUACCGACGAAAUGGAUAUGGAUUGA